AUGCUCUGCGGUGAAUUCAAGUACAUAGUACAUAAGAGUAUCUUUAGGCCUGAUACGGUUGAUGCGCAUUCGGAAGAAAACGGCAGAGAUGCGGCAAUUAAACACUCGUCUAACGAGACUAUUUACCUUUUUGUUGGGAAGAACGUCGUGCCCAAAACCGGGGAUACUAUGAACGAAUUAUAUGAGAAGUUCAAAGAUGAGGAUGGUUUUCUGUAA